GGGUCAGUGGCGUUUGCCUUCCGAGGUGGAAGCCAGGACAAUGACGUAAUGCAAACCGCAGGGGCGGGGUCAGUGCUCAAUCUGAUUGACACUUGGUCGGGAAUGGGCUAAAUGACACGUGACGGCGUGUCGUAGGCGGAGUCAGGUCAGGAGCGAUGCGAAUGUGAACCGGAAGGGCUGUUGGAUUUAGCGGAAGUGAAGUUUCUGAUCGGUUGCUAUGAGAGUGAAUCAGCAUCAUGGAUGGUUCAGUGUCUAACGUGGAGAUCUGUAACCUGGCCUACACAGGGGAUCUGGAGCAGCUUAAAGCACUUAUCCUGUCAAGUAAGAGCUUGGCCACUAUAACUGACCAAGAUAACAGGACAGCUUUACAUUGGUCAUGUUCGGCUGGGCACAAAGACAUUGUGGACUUCCUGCUAAGUCUUGGCGUACCAGUAGAUCCUAAAGAUGAUGUUGGCUGGACGCCGCUGCACAUCGCUGCAUCAGCAGGUCGAGAGGAAAUCGUGAAGGUGCUGAUUGGUAAAGGAGCACAGGUCAACGCUACCAAUCAGAAUGGUUGCUCACCACUGCAUUAUGCUGCAUCUCGAAACCGUUAUGAGAUUGCUUGCAUGUUGUUAGAGAAUGGAGCAGACCCAAACGUUACAGAUAAUAUCCACUCCACUCCCUUGCAUAGAGCUUCGGCAAAAGGAAACUUCCGCCUUGUACAGCUCUUGCUGAAGCAUAAUGCCUCUACAAACCUCCAAGAUUUAGAGGGAAACACACCAUUGCACUUGGCAUGUGAUGAAGAGCGGGCUGAAGAAGCCAAGCUUCUGGUUGAAAAUGGAGCAAGCAUUUACAUUGAAAACAAAGAAGAAAAGACACCCUUGCAAAUGGCUAAAGGUGGUCUUGGCUUGCAGCUGAGGAGAAUAAUAGAGGGUUGAAAAUGAACAUUGAUUUAUGAUGCCAGCCUAAAAUCUGGUAUUUGCUUCGAAACAUGGAAUAUGAUCAAGGUGGGAAAGCUGGAUUCUGAGUGCUUGUAUUGGUUGUGUACUGCAUACUAUCUCUCCAAGUAUGUGCACAAUGCAUGUUGUUGCCUGCAACUCUCAAAGUACGUAGACUUGUCUGUGAAGGAAGGUCUCUUUCCCAUGGUCUCACUGAUAUAAUAUGCUUUGAUCUUAACUGUUCUGCCAAUAUGAAGCAGGAUGUGUACCAUCAAGUGACCUGUUAUUGAUCACUGAAUAACUUCUCUUUCAUACUUUCAAUGCAGGGUCAAAACUACUCAUUGAUCGAGAACAUCCAAAGAUGGCAGCAGUAAUCACUGUAAAUAGAUGGUUUAGGUUUAGGUGCGAAAGAUGUCACUGGGGAAACUAGAGAUGUGAAAAUGUGAAGACAGAAGUGUGAUCGGUAAUGCUAACAAAUCUCAGUCAUAGGAUGUGUUUUAAAAUGUUAUAAUUAGUGACUGAAAAUUUCUAAGGAUUGUCAUUGAAUGAUGAACAUUCCAGUUAAAAUUAUUUGUGAAUCAUUUUUUCACAGCCUAUGUUAUACUUGCCACACUAAAUUUGCUGCUCAGAACUUCACACAAUUUGCUUUUUAUACAUCCUCCACCACCUCUCCUGCCUCCAUUUUGAGAUGUCACUUUGUUUUAUGGAUCAGCGAUAAACCUGUUGCUUGUUAAUAUUGUUACAAACAGUUGAGGGAAACAUUAUUUUGAUGAAUUCUACAAAUGAAUGAUUUGAGACAAGCGGAAUUCCAAGCAGAUGAAGCAGUGUUCUUGUCCUUAUUGUUAGUUAACGUUCAGUUGAGUACAGUUAUUGUUGAUUGACUUGUGACUAUCUUCAUUUUGGGCUGGAAUCCUGUUUGGCUCCUUUAGCAAGCUGAGACAGAGGAUCAAUCUGAGUAUGGCAGUUAUUUUAAUAACCCAUUAUUUUUGUCUUGUUGAGGACAUUAAACACACUGUUUAAUGCAAUGGUUGAUUUUUUUUGCUGAAUCUCAUGGUAGAAUCUGAAGGACUGUCUCAUUUUGUUCUUUGCUUUCUAGAGAUAUAAAGAUUCUGUGCAGUAUUUACAUUCAUGUUGAUUUUGCAUCUAGAAAUAUCUACUGCAGUUCAUUUGUUUUAAUGUUGUUUUGGAAACCAAUAAUGUUGAAAUAAACACAACGUUGGAGAAAGUCAUGUCUGGCAACAUCUGUGGAGAGAAACAGUUAACCUUUUUGAGUCUGGUAUGACUCUCCUUCAGAACUGAAAGGUGAUGGAAAAUAGAUUCUUUUUUAUAUUAUUGACAGACAGAGGUGAAACAAGGGUGCACAAAAGAUGUAAAUCAUGGUGUGAAGGGUCCUGCAUCAUGGAGUCCUUGCAGUAGAUCUCCUGAGUCAGAAAGCUAAGUGCUCAAGUCCCACUCGAGUCUUGGGCAUAAAUGUAAGCUUGCGCUCCAGUGCUACUUUGUGAGUUGUGCUAUCCUUCACUAAGAUAUUAACCCGAGACUUUGUGUAAUUUGCAUCAUUUUUAUACUUUUUUUUUGUUUCUCCACUAUUAGCAACUUUUUAUUUUUUGCUUUGGGCCUCUACAUUAUUGUCAUCUUACUUUUGACAGAGGCACAGGAGUAUCAGAAAGUACCUAUUUUCUAACACUUUUUUUAGUUCUGGAGAAGAGUCCAUGUUUGAAGUGUUAUCUGUUCUCUCUACAGAUGAUAGAUUUUGAGCAUCUGCCUAAUUUUGCCUUUUGUGAAAAAGGAUUGUAUAUUUGCUGGACUAAAAGGAUGUUAUCUCUUACGAAUUCCAUUUUGGUUGAGUGAAAGGAAGUUUUAUUGAUGGAACAUUUUUGAUGUGUAAAUCAGUUGAAAUAAUAACAAGUGCCAGAGGUGUUUGGCAGAUCUGGUGGUAUUGUUCAGCAGUAAGAUGAAAUUUAAUUGAAAAUGCUGCUUCUCUUCAAACCAACUGGUCAAUGACUUGUCUGUUUGCUGGUUAUAAUUCCUGUAAUAAAGAUUUGUACACAGUCAUUUUUGUCUUUUAUCUAAACAAGUCUUAACUCUUCCGAUAAUUAUCUGGAAUUAAUUUUGUGGAACAUGUUUAAUAAGUAAUCAGGUCAUUCUUUGUUAUCCUACAGUCUGCGCACACACCAGACAGACUUUACUGGCUUUGUUUGGCUCUGGGGAAACUAUGGACUCAGCUCAUUCACAAGACCUGUCACUUGAUGCAUUGCUGCCUUGUGCUAAAGUCGUCUCUUCCUUUUAUUUCAGAGAUAGGAGGAAUUGCUGAUGCUGGAGAAUC